CAGGGGAUGGGUGGGUGGUGGUGAUGGUUUCUGCCUCUUGAAAAACAACUUAGAAUCUGAAAAAGGUCGCUGCAGAGGCACAGCAGGCGAGAGUCUAGGACGGGAAGAAAUGCAUUCUGCAUAAAUCUAGUUACUCCGAGUCCUCUUUGGACAACUUCCGGGAUCACACUUCAGGCAGAGCCUGAAAUUAUCCUCUUUCCCGUAUCUAUUUUUUUUAUGACUGUACAUAUUUACAUACAUUACACAUAUGGCCAGGGCAAGAGAAAGAUGACGUGAGGCUCUAGCUGGAGAAUGGGAGGUAGUAAGGAAAGGAAACAGGUGUCAGGAAGGAGCGGUGUCGAGGAGCAGGGCGGUGCGGGCUAAGCCGUGCGCAUCGCACUGGUCCUCUGCAGGUGAAGCGGCUCGGGCCCCUCUGGGGGGACGGACCCUUUUGCUUUCUAUUUGCUCGCCUGAAGCCCAGGUACACGUUUAUUUGAAACGGUCCGUAUUUCCCACUCGAUAGCUGGUCGGGUUGAUUUUUCUAGACCAGUGGAUAUUUCUUUUUUAAUGUUUCCUAUUUCUUUUUUGUUGCUGUCUUUUUUGUUGAGGUUGAGGGAAAAGAGACCAGUCGAAAUUCAGUCUGGGUGCGUGGGGGAUUCUCGGCAAUGAGAAAGAGAAGACUUGGAAGCCAGAGGGCAAAGCAGCCUUCCGUCUCCCCUACUCUCCCCCUGUGAGCGCUCGUGGAGACCCCACUGCAGUAUCUGAUCGGCUCUUCGCCAGCGCGCUACCCGCACUCUCCGCCGCGGAAGUCGGCGCCCAGGCGCACGCGGCUCGGAAGCUCCGCAGCAGGCGCGCCCCCUCCCCGGGGCGGCUUUGCUCCCGGCGGGGCGCAGCGCCCACCAUGCCUGGCUGCGGGCGGCUCGCGCUGCUCUGGGCGCUGGCCUGGCUUCUGCGGGGAGCUGCGCCCAGGCGCCUCGCGGAGCCCCCCACGCAGCCCCCGGCCCCGGGCCGCUACCCCCGCGACCCCGCCAGGGGCGCCGAUUUCGAUCGCGUGUACAGCGGGGUGGUGAGCCUCAGCACCGAGAGCAUCUACUCCUUCAACUACACCAGCCAACCCGGCCAGGUGACCGCAGUGAGGGUGCAUGUGAACAGUUCAUCUGAGAACCUUGACUACCCAGUCCUCGUUGUGGUUCGUCAACAGAAAGAGGUGCUGUCUUGGCAGGUUCCUCUGCUCUUCCAAGGGCUAUACCAAAGGAGUUACAGCUACCAGGAAGUCAGCCGCACUUUAUGUCCUUCAAAAGCAACCAAUGAAACAGGACCUUUGAAGCAACUGAUAUUUGUAGACGUGGCAUCCAUGGCACCACUUGGUGCCCACUACAAACUACUGGUGACCAAGAUCAAGCACUUCCAGCUCUGGACAAAUGUUGCCUUUCACUUUACUGCCAGCCCCUCUCAGCCUCAGUUUUUUCUAUACAAAUUUCCCAAAGAUGUAGACUCAGUUAUCAUUAAAGUGGUGUCUGAAAUGGCUUAUCCAUGCUCCGUGGUCUCAGUCCAGAACAUCAUGUGCCCAGUGUAUGAUCUUGACCACAAUGUGGAAUUUAAUGGUGUCUAUCAGUCCAUGACCAAGAAAGCUGCCAUCACACUGCAGAAGAAGAAUUUUCCCGGAGAGCAGUUCUUCGUGGUGUUUGUGAUAAAACCCGAAGAUUAUGCCUGUGGAGGAUCAUUUUUCAUCCAGGAAAAUGAGAAUCAGACCUGGAAUCUACAGCGAGCAAAGAACCUUAAAGUAACCAUCGUUUCUUCCAUUAAAGGAUCUGUUUAUGUGAAAUCCAGUCUUUUCAGUGUCUUCAUCUUCUUGUCCUUCUACAUGGGAUGCCUGCUUGUUGUGUUUGUUCAUUAUGUGAGGUUUCAUAGGAAAUCCAUUGAUGGAAGCUUUGGUUCCAAUGACGGCUCUGGAAAUAUGGCAGCAUCCCAUCCCAUUGCUGCCAGCACACCUGAAGGGAGCAAUUACGGAGCAAUAGAUGAGUCAAGCUCUAGCCCUGGAAGGCAGAUGUCCUCCUCGGACGGUGGUCAGCCAUGCCCAUCAGAUACAGACAGCUCCGUGGAGGAGAGUGACUUUGACACCAUGCCAGAUAUUGAGAGUGACAAAAAUGUCAUCCGGACCAAGAUGUUCCUUUACCUGUCAGAUCUGUCCAGGAAAGACCGGAGAAUUGUAAGCAAAAAAUAUAAGAUUUAUUUUUGGAACAUCAUCACAAUUGCUGUGUUUUAUGCACUUCCUGUGAUCCAGCUGGUCAUCACCUACCAGACAGUGGUAAAUGUCACUGGCAACCAGGAUAUCUGUUACUACAAUUUCCUCUGUGCUCACCCCUUGGGCGUCCUAAGUGCCUUCAACAAUAUUCUCAGUAACCUUGGCCAUGUACUUCUGGGCUUCCUCUUCCUACUAAUAGUCUUGCGCCGGGAUAUCUUCCAUCGAAGGGCCCUGGAAGCCAAGGACAUCUUUGCUAUGGAGUAUGGGAUUCCCAAACACUUUGGUCUCUUCUAUGCUAUGGGCAUCGCACUGAUGAUGGAAGGAGUGCUAAGUGCUUGUUACCAUGUCUGCCCUAAUUACUCCAAUUUCCAAUUCGACACCUCCUUCAUGUACAUGAUCGCGGGCCUCUGCAUGCUGAAGCUCUAUCAGACCCGUCACCCAGACAUCAAUGCCAGCGCCUACUCUGCCUAUGCCUCCUUCGCUGUGGUCAUCAUGCUCACCGUCCUCGGAGUGGUGUUUGGGAAAUAUGACCUGUGGUUCUGGGUCAUCUUCUCUGCAAUCCAUAUUCUGGCCUCUUUGGCCCUCAGCACCCAGAUCUACUACAUGGGUCGUUUCAAGAUAGAUGUGUCUGACACAGAUUUGGGGAUUUUCCGGCGGGCUGCUGUGGUGUUCUACACGGACUGUAUCCAGCAGUGCAGCCGGCCUCUCUACAUGGAUAGAAUGGUAUUGCUGAUUGUGGGGAAUCUGGUAAACUGGUCCUUCGCCUUCUUUGGAUUGAUCUAUCGGCCCAGGGACUUUGCAUCCUACAUGCUGGGCAUCUUCAUCUGCAACCUGCUGCUGUAUCUGGCCUUCUACAUCAUCAUGAAGCUGCGCAGCUCUGAGAAGGUCCUCCCCGUGCCCCUCUUCUGCAUCGUGGCCACCGCGGUGGUGUGGGCCGCCGCCCUGUAUUUUUUCUUCCAGAAUCUCAGCAGCUGGGAGGGAACCCCAGCUGAAUCCAGGGAGAAGAACCGCGAGUGUAUCCUGCUGGAUUUCUUUGAUGACCAUGACAUCUGGCACUUCCUCUCUGCUACUGCCCUGUUUUUCUCAUUCUUGGUUUUGUUAACUUUGGAUGAUGACCUGGAUGUGGUUCAGAGAGACCAGAUCCCUGUCUUCUGAGCCUCCAGUCUUAAAAGGGGGAGCAGUCCAUCAUGGUGCUGUUUCAUGAAAAAUGCAGCGAGCUCAUACUGCCUCAUGCUGGAGAGAGCCCAACCUUCGAGAAAAGCAGCAGAAGGGAGGCCAGGGCUGUGGAACCCUGCGGGGCUGAGAAACAGUCAACCUGCUGGCAACUCUGAACGUUAACUGUGGACAAAGCUGCAAAGUCGGCUCCCAACCUGGGACCUCCCCACCCUCACCUGACACUCAUCAGCAUGAGGCUGCUCUCCCCUCCAUCCACCACCACACCCACUUGUACUUGCCACCCAAGAACUUUGGCAUGGCCACCUUCACACCUCUGCUACAUCCACUGCUCUAGAUGUCCAAAGGCCAUCUCAUUUCUCUGGGGCCCUAGGAGGACCUGAUUCCUCAGAGUAUGGUGCAGAACUGGGCCCAAGGCCCCACCCAGCUGGGAUAGAUGUCAUGGCAGUCCCAGCCUUCAGCCUUCUCAGAAGGAAUGCUGCACGCUCCCCAGGUUCCAGACACAUUAGAAGGGCUGAGGACCAGGCAUUGUCACACAGUCCUCUGAACAGGUAGCCAGCCCUGGGACCAAGGCCUGUGUGCUUGCCUUUUUUCUAGUGUCUUCAUUUCACCACUAUGUGUUAACCCCAUCUCUCUGCCUCUGCCUUCCUGGAAAGGCCCUGUAAUUCCAUUUAUCUGCUGAGCUCCAAGAUGAGAGGGGAAAUGGGAAAAAAUCUUCUGGCAGCAGGAGAUAUAAAAUAAAUGACUGACAGCUCGAGGAGACUAGAAACACCAACAUCCAGCGGACAGGCCUCACCUUCAGGACUGAGGUUCCCGGAGCAAAUUCAGCACUUGGCCUCCAAUUCCCACAGCUCAAUUCUGUGCCCACAUCACCUCUGGGAGAGAGAUUUGGUCUCUAACCAGGGGACCACUUUAGGGCCCUCCACAACUGAGCCCUUUACUGUCACUUAUGUGGAUCAGGGUUCCAGAUAUUCUCCCUGAAGUUCUCAGAGGUACCUCAGGAUGAACACAUUUUCCUCUGCCUCUCUUGUUGUAAAGCGCACGGUUAAUUUAGUCUUGGGUCUUCUUGCACCCGACUCUCCUUCUCUCCCCAGUAAGGUGGUGAGAAGUUCAGCAUCCCAGUUGCAGUCUCGCACUGACUGGCAAUUCUCUCAAAAGAGUCCCACUUUGACCGAGCUCCCUUGCUGCCUGGAGUAUGAUGUCAUCAGCAAACAGAUGUUCAGACAUGUGCAUGUAUACGUAUUUGCCUGUGCAAUUGAAGUCAUUUCUCACCUCUGCUUUCCUGACCUUUCAUUAGAGAAAUGAAUCAGGCAUUCUUCCUUUAAAAAUUAGUUUUUCUCUCAAAUAUUUGCAUCAUGUUCAAAAACAUACUUUGGAAGUUUGUUCAGACUGUUUAGUAAGCUUUUCGUGAUUUUAAAAGCACAAAGAUGCUAUCUGAAAUAUUUUGUGUGUUUAUCCUAAAAUGCCCCAAGUUUAUAAAUGGGUCUUCUGUUCGUCUUUAUUCCUGGGUAACUGUCGGCUUCCUUGAUGGUGCACACUAAUGCCAGCACUCUAAUCCUCCGAAAGCAGAAGCAUUUUUUUGAGCUCUAUUUCAGCCUGGGCUACACAGUGAGUUCAAGACCAGUCUGGACUGCACAGUAAAACCAAAAUAAAGUGAUAUAAAAUAAAAAUUGUCAGCUUCUAUAGGCCACGUGAAGGCCAUCAAUUAAAUGGUUGUGUCAAUUUAACACCUAAAGGCAUUGUCAAAACUGUGUGUCACUUACUUGACCUAAUUCUUUUAAGACAUUCAUGGUUUCUAAUCUACAAGGACCCACUAGCUGUUCGUGGUGACGCAUACCUAUGAUCCUAGGACUUGGGAGGCUGAGAUAGGAGGAUUGCCAUAAGUUCAAGGCCACCCUGGGCUACAUAGUGAGUUCAAGGCCAGCCUGAAUUACAGAGUGAGACCCCCAUCUCAAAAAAAAUAAAAGGACCCACUAAGGAAAUGUGAACAACAAUGUCCAUUCGAAUAGCCCUGUGGCCUGAAGUGAAUACUUUUAAGAUACAUUACCUGUUCCGAAUCUUGUUUGGGAACUUCAUCAAUGUGAAUGGGGAGACACUUGGAACUGGGGAGACCCCCUCCCAGAAAGGGACAGAUUGUGUUGCUGUGUUCCUGUGUUCUGAUAAUGUCUGUCUUGUUCUAUGAAGUCAUAUAUUGUGGUCAGUUUUGUUCUAUGCAGGAGGUUUAAAACCCAGACCAAGUCUGCUUUU